GUACAACUGUCACUGCUUCCCAAGUUCUCAUGGAGUAACCCAAUGAGAUAGCAACCAUUUUCGUGGCUGCCUUACUAGUCCCUACCUAGCGAAUACUUUAUUCCUACAUCCAUUUCCAGGAGCCAACGAUUCAUCAGACAUUUGAUCCAUUCUAUUUGCCUCGAAACCCUUAUCCGCCUAGCAACAUCGCCUUGACGGGUCUCAUGACAGUCAUGGUCUGAAAAGGUGAAAAAAGCAUGUUUUGCAACGAGACCUAAAAGAGGAUCUUCAUCUCACCGGUCAAGUAUUUGGCACUAGAAGCAUCGCGAUGCCUGACCCUAUGGAACUCGAUGAGCCAAGGGGCGUCAAACGGAAAGCCCCAUCGUCUUCGGCAGAUGAAAAUGCUCCACGCCGAAUCAAGGCACUAGACCCAGACGUCGUAAACAAGAUUGCUGCCGGCGAGAUCAUCGUAGCCCCGGUACAUGCUCUGAAAGAAUUGAUCGAGAAUGCUGUCGAUGCAGGCUCGACUUCUCUAGAAGUAUUAGUGAAAGAAGGUGGCCUUAAACUGUUGCAAAUCACCGACAACGGCCAUGGAAUUAAUAAAGAGGAUUUGCCAAUUCUCUGUGAAAGGUUCACUACAUCCAAACUCAAGAAGUUUGAAGACUUGAGCAACAUUGCAACAUACGGCUUCCGCGGUGAAGCCCUUGCUAGCAUUAGUCACAUUGCUCACUUAACAGUUACCACAAGAACCAAGGAUUCCGAGUGCUCAUGGCGUGCCCACUACGACGGGGGCAAGUUGUCCCCUGCAAAGCCCGGUCAACCGGCUGACCCUAAACCUAUUGCCGGACGAAUUGGUACACAGAUCUCAGUAGAGGAUUUGUUCUACAAUGUUCCCACACGACGAAAGGCUUUUAGGUCUCCCUCAGAUGAGUACAACAAGAUCAUUGAUAUGGUAGGGCGCUAUGCAAUUCACUGUGAUGAAGUUGCCUUCUCUUGUAAAAAGCACGGCGAUUCAGGCACGUCAAUCACAGUACCGCAGCAAGCUUCAGUAAUUGACCGGAUCCGUCAAAUCCACGGGAAUGCCGUCGCGAGUGAACUUAUAGAAUUCAGCGCAUCUGACCAUCGUUGGGGUUUCACGGCUUCGGGUUGGGCCACAAAUGCGAACUACCAUAUAAAGAAAACUACUCUCCUCCUUUUCAUUAACCACCGCAGCGUCGACUCAUCUAAUAUCAAGAAGGCAGUGGAACAAACGUAUUCCGCGUUCCUUCCUAAAAAUGGACACCCAUUCGUUUAUCUCAGUCUCGAAAUCGACCCUCAACGGGUUGAUGUCAACGUACAUCCGACAAAGCGAGAGGUCAAUUUUCUCAAUGAGGAUGAGAUUAUCCAAUCGAUAUGCGAAAAUAUCCGCGAUAAGUUGGCGGCCGUCGAUACAAGCCGCACUUUUAUGACGCAAACCCUACUCCCCGGCUCCAUGCUUGCCGACAGCUCUGGUAAACAAGAUGGCGAUAGCUCUGUGCUCAAGACGCCCGCUGGACCGCGAAAAACGCCGGUGCGACCUGAUGAAAGCAAGAUGGUCAGGACCGAUGCUUCACUGCGUAAGAUUACUAGCAUGUUUCCCGCUAUAUCGCAAUCUCCGACCCCAGGUACGUUGAGUAAUACUACGCAUGAUAUCGCUCAAGAUCCUGUAUACGAAACAACGGACCGCGAACCGAUACUAUGCCGACUUACUAGUGUGCGUGAACUUCGUUCUGCCGUCAGAGAUGACAUGCACCACGAACUCACGGAGAUCUUUGCUAAUCAUACCUUCGUCGGUAUUGUGGACGAGAAGCGACGACUGGCUGCUAUCCAAGGAGGCGUCAAGUUGUUUCUCAUCGACUACGGUCGGGCCUGCUUUGAGUACUUCUACCAAGUUGGGCUGACAGAUUUCGGCAAUUUUGGUAUCAUAAAAUUCCAGCCUGCACUAGACUUGCGCGAAGUGCUCAAAAUUGCGGCCGAGCAAGAAAAAGCCAUUGCGGAGGAUAGUGAUACGUUCGACGUGGAUGAAGUUGUGGACGCAGUGGCAGAGCAGUUAAUCGAGAGAAGGGAAAUGCUGCUUGAAUACUUCAGCUUUGAAAUCUCACCUGCUGGAGAGCUAUUGAGUAUCCCAUUACUCCUCAAGGGGUAUACGCCAUCCAUGGCAAAAUUGCCGCAAUUCCUCCUUCGCCUUGGCCCUCAUGUAAAUUGGACAGAUGAAAAGCUGUGCUUCGAAUCUUUCCUGAAAGAGCUAGCGACGUUCUAUGUUCCAGAACAACUCCCAACCCUCCCAGGUAAUGACGAGACAGAGGAAGAUGUCCCCGAUGAGAUCAAAGCAAGAAGAUCUCAAAUCCGCCGCGCGGUAGAACACAUAUUCUUUCCGGCGUUCAAAGCGAGAUUGGUAGCAACCAAAUCAUUUAUGAAAGGCGGCGUACUUGAGUUAGCCAGUCUCAAAGGGCUUUACAGAGUUUUUGAGCGGUGCUAAUGUCCCAGCGGAGCAUGUGAUACCCAUUGAUGCUAUAGAUAUAUAUUAGAAAGAUUGCUGUCUAUAAGAAGAUACGGAGUGGCGAUAUAAUUUGCUGUUCGUCAUAAUUUUCAUGAAAGGCUUCUAACGGAUCAUGGGACCUUGGAACCAUGAGACGAGUCCGGUAGAAUAGUAUCAAUCAAUACAACUUUCUAGCUUGGA